AUGUCGUCGUCACCGCACAAGGAUGAGGUGAAUUACGAGACCAAGGACGAGACCACGGUCACGUCGCCUCACGAUGAGGAGCAGGGCACGACCUCGGGCGAGGGCCAGCUCAAGCGCGAUCUCCGCGGUCGACACAUGCAGAUGAUUGCCAUUGGAGGUGCCAUCGGUGCUGGUCUCUUCGUCGGUUCUGGUAGUGCUCUUCACAAGGGAGGUCCCGCGUCGCUGGUAAUUGGCUAUCUCAUCAUCGGUGUCAUGUUGCUCUGCACCAACCUCGCCCUCGCAGAAAUGGCUGUUCUAUAUCCCGUCAACGGUGCCUUUUACACCUACAUUGUCCGCUUCGUCGACCCCUCUUGGGGUUUUGCUUGUGGUUGGGAAUACGCUCUGUCCUGGCUUACAGUUCUUCCCUUUGAGUUGAUCGCUGCGUCCAAGACAAUUGAGUUCUGGCGCACUGACAUCCACAUGGCUGUUUGGGUCACUGUCUUCCUUGUCGCUCUCACCAUCGUCCAGAUCUUUGGUGUCCGAGGUUACGGAGAGGUCGAAUUCGUCCUGUCCGCCAUCAAGAUCUGCGCUUGUUUGGGAUUCAUCAUCCUCGGCAUCAUCAUCAACUGUGGUGGUGUCGGUGAUCAGGGCUACCUCGGCACCAAGUACUGGGACAACCCUGGUGCUUUCACCAACUUCAAGGGCUUCUGCGCUGUCUUUACCAUUGCCGCCUUUGCCUUCGGUGGUACUGAAAUGGUUGGUCUCGCCGCUGCUGAGACUGCCAACCCCCGCAAGUCUGUCCCCACUGCCUCCAAGCAGGUCUUUUGGCGUAUUGCUCUCUUCUACGUCAUCAACCUCUUCAUUGUCGGAAUCAUUCUCCGAUCUGAUGAUCCUCGUCUCCUCGGUGCCUCUGGCGCUAACACUAAGGCCUCGCCUUUCGUCCUCGCCAUUCAAGAUGCAGGCAUCAAGGUUCUGCCCUCCAUCUUCAACGCCGUCAUCACCAUCUCCGUCUUGUCCGUCGCCAACUCGUGUACCUUUGGCUCAACCCGCACCAUGCAGGCUAUGGCCACCCGUGGCCACGCUCCCAAGUUCCUCAACUACAUUGACAAGAAGGGACGUCCCCUCUGGUGUGUCCUCAUUCAGCUUGCUUUCGGUCUUCUAGCCUAUGUCGGAGAGGCCAAGAAUGGAGGUACCGUCUUUGACUGGCUUCUGGCUUUGUCCGGUCUUGCUUUCCUCUUCGUCUGGGGCACCAUCUGCCUCGCUCACGCCCGUAUGCGAUCUGGUUUCAAGGCGCAGGGCAUCAACCUGGAUCUUGUCCCUUACAAGACUCCCUUCGGUGUCUGGGGCAGCUACCUCGGCGUCUUCCUCAACGUCAUUGCUCUCAUUGCCACUUUCUACUCUUGUCUCUAUGCUCCCGACGGCUCUCCUCCCGAUGCUGAGUCUUUCUUCAUGGGCUUCCUCGCUGCUCCCAUCAUCCUCGCCCUGUACCUCGGCUACAAGAUCUACUCUCGCGACUGGAAGUUGUAUGUCAAGGCCAUUGAUAUGGAUCUCCAGACUGGCAUUGUCCUCCUUGAUGAGCCCGAGCCCGAGACCCCCUGGUCAUGGAAGUCGGCGCCCAGACGCCUUCUCUCGGCUAUUAUCUAG